GCCACUUCUCGCUGUGUCCCGGGAGUCAGCUGCAUGGAUCGGGCCCCCUCCCCCAGGAGGGGCUCCAACAGCCGGCCCAGUCCCUGCAGCAGGAGAGGGGCGUCCAGUUCUCACCACCGCACGGGCAAAAACUCGAGGUUGGAGUGCCCGCUGUCCACCACGGCCAAGACGAACACCCUCUCCUCCGCGGCCCUGCACCCGCGAAGCUGGGCUCCAGGGUAGGGAGUGCAGAAGCCCGGGCCGUAGACGGCGCGCACAGCGCAGGCACGAGCCACCCCGACACUCCUGGGGCGGGGCUGAAGAGCAAGGUUGGCCCUUACUCCCCCCUGCCCGGUGCGUUGUGGGAGGGACGGCGGCGGUGGGGCGGGGCUGCAGGCAGCCGUCGCGUGUACGCUCAGGCACGUGGGCCAUGCACCAUGGGGAACCGCAGGGCCGCGGACGCGGGCUGGCUGCUGGUGGGGCGCGGGGCCAGAGCGGGGGCUGCGGGCACAGGCGGGGGGCUAGGGGGCGCGGGCGUGGUGGCGCUGGCGGGCCCCGUGUUGCUCAUUGGCGCGGUCCUGGCGGGGAACUCGCUCUUGUGCAUGAGCGUGGCCUCCGAGCGCGCGCUGCAGACGCCCACCAACUACUUCAUCCCGAGCCUGGCGGCCGCCGACCUCCCCCUUGCGCUGCUCGUGCUGCCGCUCUUCGUCUGUGCCGAGGUCCACGGCGGAGAGUGGCUGCUGAGCCCCGGCCUCUGCGACGAGCUCAUGGCUAUGGACGUCAUGCUCUGCACGGCCUCGAUCUUCAACCUUUGCGCCAUCAGCGUCGACAGGUGGGCAACCUGCCCGCCCCGCCCCCGUCCUCACGCCCCUGUCGCCCCGCCCCGCAGGUUCGUGGCCGUGGCCGUGACUGUGCCGCUGAGCUAUGGCCGGCAGGGCCGGCGUCAGCUGCUGCUCAUAGGUGCCGCCUGGCUGCUGUCCGCUGCAGUGGCCGCGCCGGGGCUGUGCGGCUUCAAUGACGUGCGCGGCCGCGACCCGGCCGUGUGCCGCCUGGAGGACCGCGACUACGUGGUCUACUCGUCCGUGUGCUCCUUCCUCCUGCCCUGCCCGCUCAUGCUUCUGCUCUCCUGGGCCACCAUCCGCGGACUGCGGCGCUGGGGGGCUGCCCGGCGAACCAAGCCGCACUCGCGCGCUCCCCACCGGCCCAGCGGCCCGGGUCCGCCCCCAGCACCCUGGACCCCGAGGACUCCGCGCCCGGCUGCCCUGCGCGCUGGACUGCGCACCCGCUCCCGGCCUUCCCCGGGACCUGGAAGGCGCUAUGUCGCUCCAGACCCCAUCCCUUACGCGGCGCUCCCGCCGCAGGUCCGCAGGAGGCGGCGCCCCAAGAUCUCCAGCUGGGAACGCAAGGCCAUGAGGGUCCUGCCGGUGGUGGUCGGGGCCUUCGUGCUGUGCUGGACACCUUUCUUCGUGGUGCACAUCAUGCGCGCGCUGUGUCCCGGGUGCUCCGUGUCCCCGCGCCCGGUCAGCGCCGUCACCUGGCUGGGCUACGUCCACAGCGCCCUCAACUCCCCCAUCGUCUACACCGUCUUCAAUGCCGAGUUCCGGGCCGUCUUUCACAAAGCACUGCGCCUGUGCUGCUUAUCCAUCUCCCGGGGAUCGGCCGGCCGGCCGGGAGGGGCCGAGCCGUCAUCUGAUUAAACCAACUCCUGCCUGA